AUGUUGUCCAAUGCUUCUGACGAUGGGCACAUCCAACCGGCACGAACCACUGGCAGUGAAGACCCUAAAGAAGUCUUCAUCAACGAGAAACCCAUCCCUGGGAGAGGCUAUGUGCACCAGAUCAACCGCAAUGCAGAUACCACUAUUCCUGACAAUGGGGAGGCUAUCCCAGGCUACGAUGCCGAUUUAAUGCGCGAACGUGCCGCACUGAGUGCGGACGAGGAGAAGAAGCUCCUGCGACGCGUGGAUUGGCAUUUGAUCCCGCUUCUGGCUGUUAUCUAUAUGCUGAAAAGUGUCGACUUCACAAACGUCUCUUACGCACUCACCAUGGACAAAGGAACCCCUCACAACAUCUUGACUGAGCUAGGAAUGACGAAGGAUCAGUAUAAUCUGGUGACAGCAAUGUAUUAUAUCCCCUACAUUAUCGCCGAAGCGCCGUCCAAUCUACUGAUCAAGGGGGUCAGGCCCUCCGUCUGGCAAGCUCGGAUUCUGGUCUCAUGGGGAAUCGUUCUCUGUUGCCACGCAGCAGUCAAGAAUCGGCAGGGCCUGUAUGCUGUCCGCUUCUUCCUGGGGCUAUUCGAAGCCGGUCUUUGGCCGGGGAUUCUGGUCCAGUUAUGUUACUGGUAUCGACCUGAUGAGAUAGCUCCCCGGAUUGUGCUGGUCACGCUGCUGGGGAAUUUUAGCGCGGUCAUCAGUGGUGUGCUUGCCUUUGCGUUCAACGGUGUGACGACCGGGGGGUUGUCGGGGUGGAAAUGGUUGAUUCUGACAGAGGGGAUCAUCACAAUCGUUCUGGGUGUUCUCACAUAUGUUUUCCUGCCGGAUUUUCCCUCUACAUCAUCCUGGCUCUCCGAAACGGAACAAGCCUUCAUCCAAGCUCGCCUCCCCCGAAAUUCUCCUCGAGCGCAAGAAUCCAACUUCAACCUGCGCGAGCUGAUUAACACGCUGCAAAACGAAAGAAUCUGGCUAUUCCUGCUCUGUUGGGCAUUUUUCACUGUCGGAACCACCGGUCUCACAUUCUAUCAGCCCACUGUGAUUGCUAAUCUCGGCUUCACCUCGAUGGGCGAAUCCCUCCUCCUCAACAUCCCCUCCGCCGUGUUCGCGGUGAUCCUGACCCUAGCGUUCGGGGUCUUCGCCGACACCGGAAGGAUCCCGCAACCGGCCAUCCCGCUCGCCUUCAUGAUAGUCAUUGAGGCGUGCUAUGGCGUGCUCUAUGCAUUUCCGAACAGCGGGGGUGUCUAUGCCGCUACGAUCAUCGCGGGCGGACUUUCCACCGCUUGGUACGUGAUGAUGUGGCCAUGGCGAGUCCAGACGACGCAGGGGGCCACCGGCUCGGCGUUUGCGAUUGCCUUCGCCAACAGCUACGGGCAGAUCGGAGGCGCAGUGGGAUCGCAGUUGUUCAAUUCUCGGUAUGCGCCGCGCUAUACCACUUCCUUUGGCAUUGCCAUGGGGUUUGUGGGCAUGGCGAUCAUAAUGAAUCUGAUUACCUGGGGGCGUACGUGGAAGGUGGAUGUCGAUACGAGGAGGUUGAAGAGAGUUCGGCGGGCGGCGGCGAAGGAGAAUCAGGCGGUGCUGGAGGAUAUUGACUUCCGUUGA